UAUUUUGGACCGACACCUUUCUCUGUUUCGCUAAUAAGCGAUUCCCGACAGUUUUUUUCACUUCACUCCCAAACCCUUUACAUUUUCCUCUUUCUCUCUGUGUUCCCUGUAAAACUAAGCGUAAAAAGAAAGGGCUUUCCGAUCAAUAUGGAGAGCAUACGGAGGCAAGCGAGCAAGCUGAGGGAGCAAGUUGCCAAGCAACAGCAGGCAGUGUUAAGACAACUGGGACAUUUUGGUCAUGAAACAGUUAUGGUUGAUGAAGCUGAACUUCAGUGUCACCACCAACUUCAAAAUCUAUACAAUUCUACGAGAGCAGCUAAGCAUUUUCAGCGGAAUAUUGUUCGUGGAAUUGACGCCUUUGUUUCUUUAAGCUCAAAGCAAAUGGAGAUAGUAAGGAAGUUGGCUCAAGAUUGUUGUAAAUAUGGAGAUGAGAAUCAAAGCACUAGUUCUCCUCUUGCAAGAGCUUCUGUUUACUUUGGUACCUCACAUUGUUCGAUGGAGGAGCACAAGGAGACUUUUCUUGGGAUACUUGGUGAUCAGGUAUCUGAGCCACUACGGGCUCAAAUAACAGGAGCUCCUCUGGAAGAUGCUCGCCACUUGACACACCGUUAUGACAAAUUGCGCCAAGAGGCAGAGGCCCAGGCAGCUGAAGUGUUGAGGCGCCGACUGAAGUCGAGGGAGUCCUCUAUUUCUGUGGAGUCUUCAAUGAGGCUUCAAAAUGCAGAAGCAAGACUGACUGAGCUACAAUCUACAAUUAUGGCACUUGGGAGAGAAGCAACUGCUGCCAUGUUGUCAGUUGAGGAUCAACAGCAACAAAUAACUUUCCAGAAGCUUCGUAUUAUGGUGGAUGCUGAGAGAACCUAUCAUCAAAAGGUUAUUACUAUUUUAGAGAAGCUAUAUGCCGAGAUGAUACUGGAGAAGCAAUUGAAAGAGUCUUCAUUGCCGUCAGAGAGAAUGUGGACAGACGUGUAUGAUCAGCAAGUGCAUGAAAAUAUUGAUUCAAAUAGAUCUGGUGAUCAUGGGCAUACUAUUCAAAAUGAAAAGUACUUUAUUGCGAAGGCUGUACAUUCAUUUGAUGCUCAAAAUCAAGGGGAGUUGAGCCUAUCCAUUGAUGAUUACGUUGUGGUUCGGCAGGUGGCUGCGAAUGGAUGGUCUGAAGGAGAAUGCAAAGGAAAGGCUGGAUGGUUUCCCUCUGCUUACAUAGAAAGGCAGGAGAAAGUAGCAGCAGGCAAGGUCAUGGAAGCAAGUUCAAAAGCGUGAUCACAAGGUUACCCUCCAUUAAAAAGCUGUACAUUCCUUUCUUCUAUAUUAUACUUCCCAUUUGUAUGCAAAGCUUAGCCGCAACAUUUUGCAAGCUUCAAGUAUGUCUGCUUGCACACUACUAAAGGGAUCUAGAAUUUGUAAUUACUUUAAUGAUUUAAGGAAAUUAAGUAGUCAUCAA